AUGAAAUUACACUUGAGUAAGGUAUUAGAUUUCUAUAAAAUUAUAUAUUAGGAAUAUAAUUAUUAAAUCAAAAGAAAUGGUAUGAGGCUAAUGAAAAAAUAAAUUAAUACUUAAAAUUAUUAGAAAGAUAAAAAUCAUUUGCCACUAUCUUUUAAAGUACUUCUAAAAUAUUUAUAUAAUUAAGGUAUGACUUUAAUUGAAAUGAAUCAACCUGGAAUAGGUAUAAAAAUGAGAGAAUAAGCUAAAUAGAUUAAUAGUAACCUAUAUACAGAUCUUUUGGAUUAUUCAAAUAAAGAACUAACAUAAAAUCCAUAAAAUAAGUUUGUUUUAAUUGCAAAAAGUAAAUGAAAUCAAUAAUUUUAAUAGGUUAUGCAUUAAAUGAAGAGAAGAAAUAUCAAGAAGCAAUCUAAUAAUGUGAUAAAGUUUUGAUAGAAGAACCUUAACAUCUACAUGCAUUAUAUAGAAAAAGUAAUCAUAUAUUAUGUACAACAGGCUUUUCUUUAAAAUAUUUGAAUUAAAAUUAAUAAGCAAUUUAGUGCAUUGAAAAAGCAUUAAAUUUCGAUUUAAAAUAUUCUAUUGGUUAUAUGAUGAAGGGUAAUUUACUUGUUUUAUAUAUUUAGGGUAUUCAUUAGAAAGUCUUGGUAAAUAAAAAGAUGCAAUCGAUUGUUAUGAUAAAGCAAUCCAACUAGAUCCUAAUUAUGCAAAAGCCUAUAUAAAUAAAGGUUAAUCAAUUUAUUUGAUUUAAAUAGGCAUUUCAUUAAACAAUCUACUAAAAUAUAACGAUGCAAUUGAUAGUUAUGAUAAAGCAAUCCAACUAGAUCCUAAUUAUGCA